CUGGCCACUGCGUUCGGACGCCGUGGCUGAUCGGAGUCGGCAGUGGAUGAGCGGUGGAGUUGCAAUUUAAGAUGUCUGCAGUGCCUCCCACGCGUGUAUAGAAGCUGACACUAGAAAAGGAAAAGUAAAGACAAGUUACAGUUCACAGAAGAAAGAAAGGAAACUGACAUGAUGUCGCAUUUACCGACUGUGCCGGAGGAGUACGGGGAAGAGGACGACAUUGACUCAGAAUGGGAAGACUUCGAUCGUCUCAUGAACGAGUACAAAAUGCGGAGGCACAAUUUGGAAGACUCUACGAUGAAGGACAUGAAGCAGCGUAAUAGGAAAAUGCACCAGCAGGCGUUCUACCCGUGUCCCGCACCCCAGCCUGCCGAAUUAAUGGAGGACUUCGAUUAUGUCCACACAGUGAUGUAUGGCCGGUAUACCAAAGACCUAGGAGAAUUUGCAAAAGAAGAAGCACGCCGGCUCAAAGCACUGGAAAAGAAGAGAAAGAAGGAAGAUAGGUUAAGGAAUCAAGAACUUCAAAAAUACCGCGGCAAAUGCACCAGCAAGGUCAUAGCUGGCAUAGUGUUCGUGUGGCGCCAUACCUUCGCCAAACUGGGUGAAGACUGGGUGUUCUUGGCACUUCUAGGUGUCAUUAUGGCAUUAUUAAGUUAUUUUAUGGACAGGGGCAUCAGCAUGUGCAAUAAAGCUCGGAUUUGGCUGUAUGCAGACCUGACGACUCAUCCCGCUGCCCGCUUCUUCGCAUGGAUCAGCUUGCCUGUCGUCCUCAUCCUCUUUUCAGCUGGCUUCGUACAUAUAGUAGCACCGCAAUCCAUAGGUUCUGGGAUUCCUGAAAUGAAAACUAUUUUACGGGGUGUUGCUCUGAAGGAAUACCUGACAUUCAGAACACUGAUUGCUAAAGUGAUAGGACUGACAGCCACUCUGGGAAGUGGUCUGCCAUUAGGGAAAGAGGGUCCUUUUGUACACAUAGCAAGUAUUACUGCUCAGCUGUUAUCGAAGCUGGUGACAUCAUUCCAGGGUAUUUAUGAAAAUGAAUCACGCAACUGUGAGAUGUUGGCAGCAGCUUGUGCUGUUGGUGUUGCUAGCUGUUUUGCUGCCCCCAUUGGUGGAGUGUUGUUCAGCAUAGAAGUAACAACAGUCUACUUUGCAGUUCGAAAUUAUUGGCGUGGUUUCUUUGCUGCAGUAUGUGGAGCUACUGUUUUCAGGCUUCUAGCUGUCUGGAUGCAAAAAGAAGAUACUGUAACAGCAGUGUUUGGAACAAACUUCACAAUGGAUUUUCCCUUUGAUCCACAAGAGCUUAUAAUUUUUGCAAUGAUUGGGGCACUAUGUGGUCUGGGCGGAGCAGCUUAUGUUUGGGUCCACAGACAGUAUGUUCUAUUUAUGAGAAGGAAUAAAAAAAUGACAGCGUUUCUUCAGAGAAACCGUUUCCUUUAUCCAGGUAUUGUUGCUUUAGUUGUAUCAUCAAUAUCAUUCCCACUGGGUCUUGGCCAAUACAUGGCAGGAGAUCUUAAUACUCAUGAUCAGGUUGCAGGCUUAUUCACCAAUUUUACUUGGACAAAAGAGUGGCUAUCAGUUGAAGAGCAAGAAGUUGUUAAUCACUGGAGAACGCCAUACACAAGUGUUUUUGUUAGCCUUGCUGGAUUCACAAUCUUUCAGUUCAUAUUCUCAAUAAUUGCCUCAACAAUACCAGUGCCAGCUGGCAGCUUCAUCCCAGUGUUCAAAAUUGGUGCUGCUCUAGGCCGCAUUGUUGGUGAACUAAUGCAUCUGUGGUUUCCAUAUGGAGUUCGUUAUGGAGGAUUAAUCACGCCUAUCAUACCAGGUGGUUAUGCCACUGUAGGAGCUGCAGCAUUUUCUGGUGCUGUUACUCACACAAUUUCUGUAUCAGUUAUAGUAUUUGAACUGACAGGACAAGUAACUCAUAUCAUUCCAAUCAUGAUUGCUGUUUUAAUCUCAAAUGCAAUAGCAUCAUUUCUGCAGCCAUCACUUUAUGACAGUAUUAUUCUCAUUAAAAAACUGCCAUAUCUUCCUGACCUUUUGCCAUCUAGUUCAGGAAUGUACAACAUAUAUGUAGAAGACUUCAUGGUUCGUGAUGUGAAGUUCAUAUGGCAUGGAAUGAGUUACAAGAGCCUGAAGAACACCUUGAAAGAGAACAGAAAUCUAAAAGGCUUUCCUCUGGUUGACAGCCCUGAGUCUAUGAUCCUGCUUGGGUCUAUUCAGCGACUUGAGUUGAUAAAGCUCAUUGAAAGACAUAUUGGUCGAGAAAGAAGACUUCAAGUGGCAGCCAAAUGGCAGAAAGAGGCACAAGAAAGAGCAAAGGAAGAAAUGGAAAGAAAAAUGAUAGAAGAAUUUCAGCAAAAGCAGAGGAGACCAUCUAGAUUUGAAGUCAUUCCUGCACCCGACAUCCUCAAACUUCGACAACAGUCAGCAGCUGAUCUACUUUCACCAAAUAAUAUUCAUGCAGGGGAUGGAAACCAUUUUUCUCCGGUUUCUGGGAGUCAGCCAAAGAAAUCUAUAUUGAAGAAGACAAACUCAUUUACACUAAGAAGCUUCAGCCCUCUCGUAAGCCCAAGUGUAACUCCAUACACAACUGUGACGGGUGCUGAGAGUAGAAUUCGAUUAGCCUUUGAAGCCAUUUUCAAAAAAUCAGCAACUCUUCAGGAUGUUAAUCCAGAACCUGAAGGUGUGGAAAUGGAAGCAACUGAUGCCACAGAUGAAGCAAAUCAUGUUAACACUGUUCCUACCAGCCCAAGAGCUUUGAAGAAGGUUCAGCUGCCUCGAGAAAGGGUUAUAGACAUGUCUCCUGAGGACCAGAAACACUGGGAAGAGGAAGAAAUGAGGAAAGCCACAAAUUUUGAAAAGUGUCACAUUGAUCCAGCUCCAUUUCAGCUGGUGGAAAGAACUUCCCUCCUCAAGGUCCACUCACUUUUCUCAAUGGUUGGAAUUAAUCAUGCCUAUGUCACUGCCACUGGAAGACUGAUAGGAGUAGUAGGACUGAAAGAGUUACGGAAAGCUAUUGAAGAUGCAAAUGCUGGUAACUUGCCUGUGCAGCAGCAGCCAGCAGCAAACAGAAGCCUUCUAGAAGUGCCAAAAUUUAGUGAAGGGCAACCACUAAAUGCUCCUACAGAGUCUGUGUCAAGCAACAAUACUGUGGGAAGUGAAAGUGACUAUGAAGACUCAAGAAAUGAGCAGAAUUCCAAUACCUCAGUACAUUAGUGGCUCUACACCUUCUCUUCAUUUAAGUACAACAGGAAACAUCCCAAAGCCAAAUGCACAUCAGAAAAACAUUAAAUGUGCAGCACUUGUGAUUCAAAUACUGAUGUGACCUCAUAAAGGGCAUUUUAGAUUACAUUGUAGCUGAAUAUAUUAUGGUUACAUAGAAGAUCAUUUCCUCAUAAUUUUAUUAUGUGAUAUUUACUAAUUUAUUGUGCAUUUUUCAUAUGACUAUUGUCUCUAUUAGAUCGAAAGUUAUUCUUUGUGUAGCAAAUAUGAUUGUGUGAAUGUUAUAACAUCUUGCACAGAUGUAGAGUAGAUAACCACGGCUCUAUGUGCAGGAUAAUAGUUGAAAUAAUUUAUACUGAGAGGCUGUGCACUGUCUUGGUGGAUCUUCAACAGAAAUUACUAGGACAGUUUACCAAAAACAAAAUACUUCUGAAAAUACCUGUUAGGUUUUGAAAAUCACCUUAUGCUAAGUCUUUUUAACUGUUGCAGGCAACAUAAUUGUUUCCUGUGUUAUGUGUGUAAGCUAUUUGUUCUACAUAAGUGUGUGUGUUUGUGUGUGUGUGUGUGUGUGUGUGUGUGUCUUUUUCUUUGUCUUUGUCUUUUUCUGUAGGCCUACAUGUGAGUGAGUGAUGGUGUUUAUGAACACAGAAACUAUUAAUUAGUUUUCAUAUUUAAGCAAUUGUACCAAUGGGAGAAAUCAGAAGAAGUUUUAGAUAUUUAUAAUAAAUUUAAGACAUAUUUUAUUUUUCAUGUGUCAUAAUCCUUCUUUUUUGAGAAUGUAAGCAAAUUUCAUUCUUUCUCCUAAUGUUGACAUGUUGUUUGGUUUCCUCCACUCUUCUGUCCCCUUUCAAUUUUUUUUCUGUUGUUUUGUCCAGUUUCUUGAAACGUAUCCUUACCGAAACUUUUGAAUAUUUGCUAUCAUUUUGUAUCACCUCCUUGAACUGUUGUAUUAUCUGGAAAGUUUAUGAUUUUUUGGGAGCUACGGGGUUUCUUAGGAAUGAAUGAUACUCACUAAAUCCUCAAGUUACAUUUUCUUCCUUCCUUUUUUAUCGCAGCUCUCCCUUGCUUCUUCAGCUGUUAUCUCCAAUGUACUUUUCUCUUUUAUUUACAAGCCACCAAGGCUAUAUGUAGUAAGGCUGUGGAAACAAUUGUCUUUCCUGUGUUGUUUGUGUCAAUUUAUGAUAAGCAGCUGUGUGGUAUGCUCUGCCAUGCAAGCAGCAUCCACUGUCACUAGUCUGAGUCUGAGCUAAUUAAUGACUUCUUGCAGUGUUGUACAUAUAUUGUCCAAGGAAAUAUCCUUGUAAUAAUAUUUAAUCAAGACUUAAAAAUAUUUUUAAUUGUAAUAUAUUCUGUCAGUAUUACACAGUUACUGUGAGUCAUAAAUUAUGUAGUGAAAUAAAAAUAAAUAUUGAUG